AUGGCAGAAAUUCAACCCCAUGCAGCUUCAUUACCUCGUAGUGAAUCGAAAAUAUACAACAUGGAUGUUGAAAACAAAGGAGAAGAAGAAAAGAAUGAUGAAAAAGACUAUACUCAAAGAGCACAAUGGCUUAGAGCAGCUGUAUUAGGUGCUAAUGAUGGUUUACUCUCAACAGCCUCCUUAAUGAUGGGUAUUGGAGCUGUUAACAAAGAUGUUAAGACAAUGAUUCUAACAGGAAUUGUUGGUCUUGUUGCUGGUGCAUGUAGCAUGGCAAUCGGUGAAUUUGUUUCUGUUUUUUCACAAUAUGAUAUUGAGUUUUCUCAAAUGAAAAGACAAGGAAACACUUCUCAGAAAGAUAAAUUACCUAACCCUUAUUACGCGGCUUUCGCUUCCGCCGUUGCAUUUGCGGUCGGCGCGUUGGUGCCGCUGCUCGGCGCGGCGUUUGUGAAAGAUUAUAAGGUUAGGUUGGGAGUUGUGGUUGGUGUUGUGAGUGUUGCUUUGUUUGGUUUUGGAUUGUUGAGUGGUUUUCUUGGGAAAGCACCUUUGGUUAAGUCUUCUUUUAGGGUUUUGAUUGGUGGAUGGCUUGCUAUGUCUCUUACUUUUGGUUUAACUAAGCUUGUAAACCAUGUUGGAGUUUGA